CCUGAGGAACGUUCGGCAUGCGACUACGAAACCGCAGAUUAGAUAAGUCGUCCGUGUCGCAGCGGCGUGCGUGUUAAUGCUGCAUCAUCGUUAUCUCACAAGACGGUCUGCAUUCUGCAAUGGUCGACGUGUUCUCGCGCGUAGCGCAACGCGAUUGGCUUAUAGCACGUCGGCUGACGCUGUCGAGCCUGUCGGGCACGUCGCUCGAACCGGCACGUCCUUCGACGACGCGAGAGCUUUGACUCGACCACUUGUUGCUUGUUGCUCCCGCGACAUUCGUUGCGGCAAGUCUCGCGAAUAUAUCCAGCCAGAUUUCUCUACGAUCCGUCCACAGACAUGAGCACCCCGGUGGCGGAUAUCGCCCUCAUCGGCCUGGCGGUCAUGGGGCAGAAUCUAAUUCUAAACAUGAACGAUCACGGUUUCGUCGUGUGCGCGUACAACCGCACGGUGGACAAAGUCAAGGCUUUUCUCGAGAACGAAGCCAAGGGCACGAAUGUUAUCGGCGCUUACAGUCUGAAGGAGAUGGUCGGCACGUUGAAGAGCCCGAGGAAAGUGAUGAUGCUGGUCAAAGCUGGCGCAGCAGUGGACGCCUUUAUCGAGCAAUUGGUGCCCCUUCUCUCUCCCGGGGACAUUAUCAUCGACGGUGGCAACUCGGAGUAUCAAGACACCGAGAGACGCACCAAGGAUCUCGAACGGAAAGGGAUUCUCUUCGUCGGCAGCGGAGUCAGCGGGGGAGAGGACGGCGCGAGACACGGACCCUCCUUGAUGCCCGGCGGUAAUCCCAAAGCGUGGCCGCAUAUCAAACCUAUCUUCCAAUCGAUAUGCGCGAAAGCUGACGGCGAGCCGUGCUGCGACUGGGUGGGCGAGACCGGCGCGGGACACUUCGUCAAGAUGGUGCACAACGGCAUCGAGUACGGCGACAUGCAGAUCAUCUGCGAGGCUUAUCACCUGAUGCGAAGUGGCAUGCGGCUCACGCAGGAGGAGAUGAGCGCGGUGUUCGACGAGUGGAACAAGGGCGAGCUGAAUUCGUUUCUGAUCGAGAUCACGCGCGACAUCCUCAAGUACCAGGACGAGGGGGGCUACCUGCUCCAGCGAAUCCGGGACACCGCCGGCCAGAAGGGCACCGGCAAGUGGACGGCGGUCGCCGCGCUGGAUUACGGCGUGCCGGUCACGCUGAUCGGCGAGUCGGUCUUCUCCCGAUGCCUGUCCGCGCUGAAGAGCGAGCGCGUGGAGGCGAGCGAGGUCCUGUCGGGCCCGGACCUGUUGUACCAGGGCGACAAGCAAGAGUUCCUCAAGAAUCUGAGGAAGGCUCUGUACACCGCGAAAAUUAUCUCGUACGCGCAAGGCUUCAUGCUGUUGAGAGAAGCCGCCAAGGUCCACAACUGGAACCUGAAUUACGGUGGAAUAGCGUUGAUGUGGCGGGGUGGAUGUAUCAUAAGGAGCGCAUUCCUGGGAAACAUAAAAUCGGCGUAUGACAAAAAUCCGAAGUUGUCCAACCUACUGCUGGACGACUUCUUCGCCAAGGCCAUGGACGAUUGCCACCGGAGUGCUAGGAUAGUGGUGAGCAUCGCCGUGACGAUUGGUAUACCGACUCCUGCCCUGUCGACGGCCCUGGCCUUCUACGACGGAUUCAGGACCGCCUGCCUACCGGCGAAUCUGCUGCAGGCCCAACGGGAUUACUUCGGCGCUCACACGUACGAGCUGCUCGGUCAGGAGGGCAAGUUCGUUCACACGAAUUGGACCGGACACGGCGGGAAAAUAUCCGCUUCCACGUACGACGCGUAAACUCACGAGGCGCAUCGACCGAUAAUGUGCAAACUAAUAGCUAAAAAAUGCGACAAUGCGCAGUGUGAUAGAUACACAUAAUUAAUUGCCACUUGUAAUAAUUUAAAGUAACAGUUACGUGGCUAUGACAUGACGAAGAAACGGCUUGGCAUGACAAUGUCCUAUAAUUGAAAGAAAUCGCAUACGACGAAACAUUGUCAAUAAAAGGUAUUUUGCAUUCUCUCAUUUCAGAUAGUUUUCGAUUUCGAUUUUCGACUUGACAAACGUAUAUUUUCAUAAAUAAGCGUAAAAAUAGAAAAGAUCGGAGGGGCCUGUGAUAAAAGAGAGGUAUAUAUUUUAAUAGAUACUAGCAAUCAUAUACGUGAAAGUUUAGCGGAAAGAAAUAUACGUAUACGAAUGAGAAUAAA